AUCUGACCAUUUCUUUUGCUGGGGAGCUCCUGCAAAACGCAGAGGAGCUUAUAAGGAUGGGCCUGCACCCAAGUGAGAUCAUCAGUGGGUACAAUAAAGCCAUCAAAAAGACGAUCGAAAUUCUAGAUAAACUGGUAGAGCCAGGUUCUGAGAAUAUGGAUGUCCGUAACAAAGAAGAAGUGGUUUCUAGAAUGAAGGCAGCUGUUGCCAGCAAGCAGUUUGGACAAGAAGAUAUCUUAUCCUCACUUGUUGCCGAUGCAUGCAUACAAGUAUGCCCCAAGAACCCAGCAAACUUUAAUGUGGAUAAUGUACGUGUUGCAAAGAUUGUGGGUGGGGGUUUGCAUAACUGUACAGUAGUUCGAGGUAUGGUUUUGAAAACUGAUGCUGUGGGGAGUAUAAAGCGAAUGGAGAAGGCCAAGGUUAGCACACUUCUGUUUUGA